CCAGCGGAAGUAGGUACGUGGCUGCUUCAGCUGACAGUACAUGAUGGCGACAGAGGUUCAGAGCGGCGACCUCGAUAGUGCUACUUCUAGCCGGCUCGAAGUUUCUAUCGAUGGCCUCACUCUCAGCCCCGAUCCGGAGGGUGAGCAGAGCCCGGCCGAAGAGCCGGAGCCCGGGCCCGCGCCACUGGAAAACAGUGAACCGGACAUCGCUGGAGACGAAGAUGGAGAGACAGCCAAAUCUGCGAUAGAAAAGAAAUGGGGCUUUCCUCUACAGGAGCUGUACGGAAUGGCUCUGAAAUUUUUUAAAGAUAAGGAUGGUAAAGCAUUCCAUCCAACGUAUGAAGAGAAGCUCCGCCUUGUUGCUCUCCAUAAGCAGGUGUUGUUGGGUCCCUAUAAUCCUGAUGCAACCCCAGAGGUUGGUUUUUUUGAUGUCCUGGGGAACGACAGAAGAAAAGAAUGGGCCUCUUUGGGCAACAUGGAAAAAGAGGAGGCAAUGGUGGAAUUUGUCAGGUUGCUGAAUAAAUGCUGUAACCUCUUUGCGCCAUACGUCAUUUCUCACAAGAUUGAGCGGGAGGAACAAGAGAGAAAAAGGAAAGAAGAGGAGGAACGCCAGCGCCAGGAGGAAGAGGAGCGGGAGAGACGGAGGCAAGAGGAAGAGAGACGAAGACUAGAGGAGGAGGAGCGACUCAGAAGAGAGGAGGAAGAGAGGCGACAAGCUGAGGAGGAGAGGCUACGAGUAGAACAGCAGAAACAACAGAUUAUGGCUGCACUAAAUGCUCAAACCGCAGUGCAGUUUCAACAGUAUGCUGCCCAACAGUAUCCAAACAGCCCAGAGCAACAGAUGAGCCUGAUCAGACAGCUUCAGGAGCAGCACUAUCAGCAGUACAUGCAGCAGCUGUACCAGGUCCAGCUGGCCCAGCAACAGGCAGCAUUGCAGAAACAGCAGCAGCUUCAGCAUCAACAGGCCGAUUCAGUGCAGGCUCCUCUAGAAGCAAACAGUUUUAACAGUGGUGAACCAGUGGCAGCCUCAGCAGCAGGAUCAUUGUGUGCAACGUCACCGCCUACUGUGGAGGAGGUCCCCACGCUCAACGGUGGCCAGUCAGACUCAUAUUCAGAAAGCAUGGACCGGGAUCCUGAGCCUGAACCGGCAGAAGAGGUGUCAGAAAAUGGUCCGCUAGUAGCAGACUCUCCACCAAUCAUAGCUGCCCCAUCCAUGUGGACGAGACCACAGAUCAAAGAUUUUAAGGAGAAGAUUCGUCAGGAUGCGGACAGCGUGAUCACUGUGGGUCGUGGAGAAGUGGUGACGGUGCGUGUUCCCACUCACGAAGAAGGAUCUUACCUGUUCUGGGAGUUUGCUACGGACUAUUAUGACAUUGGCUUUGGGGUGUUUUUUGAGUGGACGGAUGCUGCCUCUGCUUCGGUCAGUGUGCAUGUGUCAGAGUCCAGUGAUGAAGAUGAUGACGAGGAAGGUGAGAAUGCAAAUGAGGAGGAAAAGGCAAAGAAAGAUGCAGGGAAACCCCAGGUGGAUGAGAUAGUGCCAGUGUAUCGGAGGGACUGUCAUGAGGAGGUGUAUGCUGGCAGUCAUCAGUACCCAGGGCGUGGAGUAUACCUGCUCAAGUUUGACAACUCUUAUUCACUCUGGCGCUCCAAGAGUGUGUACUACAGAGUCUACUACACCAGAUAAGCCUGAAUCUUGUGCGUGUGGUAAUGUGUGCAAGCUUUGUGUGUGAGGCAAGAGAAGAAAGUAACCCCAAGAGCUGUUCUGGAAAUACCCACCAGGGGGCGACAUUGAAAUACAAACACAAAUCCUUGGAGAUUAAAUGGAGAAUCUGAGCACUGUGUGUAUGUUGUUCUACCCACAGUACACCUGUCAUCAAGCCCUUGGAGAGUUCCUUUCUGUUGUAUAUUCCUAACCUUUUGCGCUCAUUCAGACCAAAAUAAUUUUGGUCUCAUUAUCUUUUCACCCUGGGUGUCUUUUCUGUAACCAUCCUGCCCACUGUAGCCUUUAUGAUGGCGUCUUUAGCCUGGACUUCAUGACUAUGGAAAUUGUCCAUUCCUCCAAAACAAAGGACUAAUAUUUAAAGUAAAAAUAUAUUAAAACAUUAUUGCUCAGCACAAGGCCUUUUGUUCCUUUCACCUCUCACGCUUAUUUGACACACACAUACCAUGCUGUCAUUGUACUAACAGCCAUCCAUUUCUCUACCAAAAAUGCCUAUAUGAAGAUGACAGAGCUGGUGGAUUCAUCCACUAUUGCUUUAUUGGCCUAUUAUCUGACGUGGGGCAAAAGACUUUUCUCUAGUUUACAAACUUAUAAUGAAGGUGUACACAGCUGUGGCGCUCAUUCCUAUAAUCAAGGUUAAGGGGAUAAGAUUAAUUUGUGUACUAUUUUUUUUUUUAAACAUUCUGUGGCUGAAAUAUUAAACUGUUGCUCACCGAGAAAACUAGAUCAUUUGACAAUGGGUGGAACACACAAAUUAUAGUGAGGUCAUAAGGCACUGUUACAUCUUCAAAUGCAAAAACGCUAAUCCACAUGGUUGCUGUUCUUUUCAUGUUUAAUAUAUAAUUUAAUUCAUUUCAUUGUGGUGUGAAUAAAAUGUAUCUUGGGUUAUGUGGUUGAUUAUUAUCUAUAUAAUUUACUCAAUUGUAUUAUUUAAACCAAUGAAAUUGUUCAGCUCAAGUUGGGAAUGAUCUUCAGAAAUAUCAGCAUAUUUUUGAAACUCGUGCAGCAAAAUUUCAAACUGGUUUGAAGGCAGGUGAUUUUCGUUGUCCUUUAUGUUUAAAUUAGUUUUUACGUUCUUGGUUCUGUUCACUUUUAAAGUGUUCUAUGUAAAUAAGAAUAUGGAAUGAGUUUAUGUUAAGAUUUUAGAUUUGGAAAAAGGUUUUGCAAAUCAAUGCACUGUGUAAAGAUGAAUGAGAUUUAUGUAUUGGGUGAACUUUCCCAGUGAAGGCUGCACCACAGAAGUAAUACUGUUAAUUCCUGACAUUGCUGGCAGUAAAGCUCAUCUUGUAUUGCUUUGAAAUGUUUGAUUUGUUUGGACAGCUUCAAGUCAUGAUUAAAUGUAUGUUCAUCUCCGAAACUGAA